AUGGAAGCCAGCUGCUCCAGGUGCCUGUUACUCUUAUUUCUCCUCACGUGUGAACUGGCCCCAGAAGUUGCUGGAGAAGUUGAAGAGCCCUCAGAUGGUCCUGGGACUGCCCAGGGACCUAUAUGGCUCACAGAUGUCCCAGCUGCUGAGGAAUUCAUCUCUGCUGCUGAGGUGGCAAUCGUAGGCUUCUUCCAGGAUCUAGAAAUACCAGUAGUGUCUGUAUUCCAUAGCAUGGUGCAAAAAUUCCAAGAUGUGUCAUUUGGAAUCAGCAAUAACUCUGAGGUCCUGGCCCACUACAACAUCACCAGGAACUCCAUUUCCCUCUUUCGUCUGGUGGAUAAUGAACAGUUGAAAAUAGAGGGUGAAGAAGUUGAAAACUUGGAAGCUGCCAAAUUAAGCCUUUUCAUUGAGACCAACAGCCUUCGACUGGUGACAGAAUACAACACUAAGACUGGGUUUGGCCUAUUUAACACCAUGAUUGAGAUUCAUCUUCUCCUGGUGAUAAGCAAAGCAUCUCCAGAGUACGCCGAGAAUAUGAACAGAUACCAGAAAGCAGCUAGGCUCUUCCAGGGAAAGAUUCUCUUUGUUCUGGUGGACAGUGGUAUGAAGGAAAAUGAAAAGGUGAUAUCAUUUUUCAAACUAAAGAAGUCUCAGCUGCCAGCUUUGGCAAUUUACCGAACUUUUGAUGAUCAGUGGGAUACACUGCCUAUAACUGAAGUUACAGUGGAGCAUGUGAAAAACUUUUGUGAUGGAUUUCUAGAAGGGAAAUUGUUGAGAGAAAAUCGAACAUCAGAAGAAAAAACUCCAAAAGUGGAACUCUGACUUCUC